AAAAAAAGCCUUGUCAUGGAGCGCAAAACGACGGCGCCGAGAGCCAAAUGCGCAAAGUAGUAAUAAAGGAAAAAAGAGUCAAGCCCUAGUGGUUUGGAAGGAGGUGUGGAUAGGGGCAGCGAGGUUUGGGUUUCAGCCCAAGACAGCGGAAGAAGAAAUUGAUGAAUUAAAGGAUGGGGAGUAGGAUUCCAGUUCAACACUACAAUAAUGCCUUCAUCGCUACCUCGCUUCAUGAUCUCAACACCGUUGAUUCUCGCCCUUCUGACAUCGACGCCGUUGAUGCUGCUGAUGCCUUGGAUCACCAUGAUCACGACCACCACGAUUCCGCUGCUGUUGUCUGAGUGUAUGCAUGAAUCUUAUAGAAAUUCUUUACCAAUUCACGGCGUUGGAACGGAGGAAGAAGAUCGAUCUAGCUUAGACAAUAGCGACUCUUCCAGAGGAGCUUUCAGUAUUUUGACAAUUGAAGAUGUUUCGCCUAUUGAAUCAGCAAGAGCCAGAUUUCUGCAAAUCAUAGUGGAUCAUUUUGUUAAUGACCAUGUGAUUGAGGUGGUUGAUAAUGAGUCAUCUGCUGACUAUAAUACGCAGUCAGGACAAGACAAACUCAAUAAGAGAAAGACAAGAGAUAUACAAUACGAGGGCGAUCCUAGGUUUGCUUUGCCCUUAAUGUAUGUUGCCAAUCUCUAUGAAACUUUAGUUAAUGAAGUAAACAUAAGGAUUGCUUCCUUGAAUGGAAUUCGCGAUAAGACCGUUGGGGUAGCCCUUGAAGCUGCUGGUGGUUUGUACAGAAGGUUGGCUAAAAAAUUUCCUAAAAAAGGUUCUUGUAUAUAUAAAAGAAGGGAACUUGCAACUUCUCUGGAAACACGGACAAGGUUUCCAGAAUUAGUUAUACAAGAAGAGAAGCGAGUUCGUUUUGUGGUAGUCAAUGGUUUGGAUAUUGUUGAGAGACCAAAUAAUGUGCCUAUUGAAGAUGCUGAGUGGUUUAAACGACUGACAGGUCGGAAUGAGGUUUCUAUCUCUCCUCAAGACUAUAAGUUUUAUUCUCCAAGGCACAAGUACAGGCGUUUUCCAUCAAACACAGUAUCCAGCAUCUCUGCGUUGCCUACGUUCUCUGGCACUGAUAGUUCUUCUCCAAUGUCUACCCCUCAAGGGUUUCACACCGUCAAUGAAAAUCAGCAGCAGACUCCUUCCAAGCAUCAUAUACCACCACUGUCACAUCAGCCCCAGUUUCAUCCUAUUCAUCAGAACCAUCAUCAACCAGUUCACCAAAAUCAGCAUACAGCUCAUUUUCCCCAGAAUCAUCAAUGUGGUCCGCCAUCACACUUACCUGAAAUUAGUCAUGCGCACCCGUCAUCAACCAUGUCUCAACACAUAGCUUGCUUACAACCCCUAUCAGGGGGGCAUGUUGGAGCACGUUUGCAUGUUAUGCCUACGAGUCCUGCGAAAUUCUGUGAUGAAUGUGGGGCGCCGUACCUGAGGGAAACAUCCAAGUUUUGCUCAGAAUGUGGUAUAAAGAGGUUAGGGAUAUGAUGGAAUUGGUAUGCUAUAUCUGAAGACCCAAAGCCAUAGUGAUAUUCCUUAAUUAUACUGCUUGAUGUUGAAUUUUGGAUCUUUACCCCCUAAUCUGCAAAUAUCAUUCAGUCAUGUAAAUAACUAGUUUGUCCCCAGGGAGAUACACCCAACAGUUAGAAUGGGACUUUGAACUGGUUCAAAUUUGUUCGGUUUUGUGGGGUUUUCGUUUUGUACAAAAGAAUGUACUUAAGUACAUUUGGUCUGGCUCUGGCAUAGAAACCUAUAUUUGAAAGGGCAUAUAAACUAUUUGAAAGGGUUAAUUCUUAAGGAAACCUAUAUUUUGUUCCGUAAGCUUUGGGGAAAAAUUGCAGUCCACUCCCCAUUCAAAAUGAAAGGGGAUUUCAAUGAAACCUAUAUGGUCCAUGAAGUGGCAGCAGCAUGGGCAUCUUGUUGUAACUUAUCUGGUGCAAUGCGCAUCUCCUCCAUGCCUGAAAGCCUUUGAAUGUGAAGAACUAGUACUAGUAGUUGGGAAGAAAAAUAAUAAAAUAAUAAUAGUAAUAGUACUUGAGAAGAAGCGGCAUGGAUUGGAAUGCAAUCAUAAUCUGCCAAGUCUGGAGUCCCUCGGAAACUCCCACAAAAUCCCGCUUACCUCUGGGUUUGACUUGCAGCUGCAGGCUGCAGGCUGCAGGCUGCGGGCGUACGUACCUCACUGAUCACCCUGCUUUAUCAUAUUUUAAAGUCCCACCCACUUCCUGAAAUUCUGCACCUAAUUUAAUUUUAUUACGUAUACAUAAAUUCAACCUCUCCAAAUAGAAAUCCAGGAUUCUGGUAAGAAAGAAAGGCCCCUCUUUGUCCCCCUUUUCCGCUUUCUCC